AUGAAGUACACUACACUCACACUUGCCGCAUUCGUCUCAAUGGCUGCCGCUAUACGAGUUGGAAAAAUGGAUCGCACUCUGGGAAAUAUGAAUGACGCUGCUAUCAAGAGAGAAAAUCUUCCCAUUGCUGACCCUAUGCGUAAUGAGGAGUUGCCAAUCGCUGGUGAUGAAUCAAGGAUUGGCGAUAUCAUGAAGAUUCCUAUUACGACUGUCGACAAAUCCAAGAUUUAUCAACGAGAUGAGCACUUCAAAGAAGACUAG